AAAAUGUUCAAAAUUCGAAAACGUUCGGUUCCGAAAGAAACAUUGAAAGGGAUAUUACGGAAAUCCCCAUCGAAAACAUCAAAAGUAUCGCAAAAAGUUGGAUUUGUUGAUGAUCACGGAAAACCAAUUGCCGAGUACAGAGAUUUUCCAGCGGAUGAGGGUGAUGAAGCAUCCAGCUCCGAUUCCCACUACGAGAAAAAGGCUCCACUUGUGAUAAAUAGAAGUGGAGAUUAUCAAAUAAAUCGAAUGAAGUGGGUUGUUUAUUCAGUGAAGAACGUGAAGAAACAAAAUGAUGAGCCGUCCGAAAUGAGAAUAAUGGAAGAAAAUCGGCUGACGGAAAAUAAUAUAUCGAGAGCACCACUGUUUGGUACCUUUGACGCUCUGGACUCUCCCAAUCUAACCACCGACGCAAUUAUCCGGGCUCGUACGCCUGUUCCGAUCAUCACUUCUGGAUCAUCGCCGGACAUUCCUCAAUGCGUCUCGCCUGUUCAGAAUACAUAUCAGCAGAUCUUUGAAAAUAACACCGAUACUUCGGAUGAAGUUCAAGACUUUUCAAUUCCACCGCCGCCUUAUCCAUCCUCAUUCCCGGCUCCUACGACACCUCUGUUAGCCUUGAUGAGCCAAUUGAAACAACGUGGAAUAAUCUCUGGAGAACAGAAUAAUCAACCUUUGGAUAAUGUUAAUCCAAUGCCGCAACAAUUCGAUCGUCGCCCAUCUCGUUGGACCCAAGGCAGUUGGAAAGUCGACAGAAUCUGUACAUACUACAUAAAUCGCCCGGAUAAAUGUACUCGAGGAGAUAAUUGCCGAUUUAAGCACGAUGAUGUCGAGAGAGAACACCGUCAAAAAGAAAUUCAAUCCUCAAGAAAUCAAAGCUGGCAUCAUCGUACUUCUUCACACAAAUAUUCAUCUGAAAAUUCCGAUCAUCGCGGUUAUCGACGACAUCGUUCCAGAAGCCCACAUGCCAGACAAUAAAUCGUUCAUUUUUUCUAAUUUUCAUCCAUCUCGUCUGUUUAAUUUCUAUUAGUUUCCCCCGCCUCUAGCAUGUAAUCCGAAUUUCUGUAUAUGUCGUUGCAAAAAAGCCCACUUUUUCAAAAAAAAACGGCCAAAUUUACAGAUUAUAGAAAUUAGAGAUUCCCUCCCCACUCGAAUUUUUAAUACAUAUAUAGAGUUUAACUGGUUCAAGUGAUAAUAAAUCCAUUUUAUGA